AUGAAGCCGGACAGGGAGUUCAAAGUUAUAAUCGCCGGCGGCGGCAUUGCCGGCCUAACUCUUGCUAAUAUGUUGGAGAAAUUUGGCUUAAACUAUACCCUUUUAGAAUCUCACUCGGAGAUCGCACCCCAGGUGGGUGCUAGUAUAGGUUUAUUUCCCAAUGGUCUACGAAUCCUCGACCAGAUAGGAUGCUAUGAGCAGAUCCUCGAGGUAUUCGAAGGCGAGGAUCUCUACAAAAGGUCGUACCUACGAGAUAGGAACGGCAAGGCCCUCUCCAUCCUCUAUAAUAUGAGGGGCCAUUUUGAACGGCGACACAGUUACGGAUUGCUCUUCUUCGAUAGACAGAGGCUCUUACAAAUCUUAUAUGAUCAUCUCGAGAAUAAAGACCAAGUGCUGUUGAAUAAGAAAUUUGCUACCGCCAGUUUAACAGAUGAGGGCGUUAGAGUUACGUGCGCGGAUGGCUCUGUAUACGAUGGCACUCUCCUCGUCGGUGCGGAUGGUGUCCACAGCGCUGUCCGAUCUACUAUGAUUGCCCUUGGCAAUAAGAUCCGGCCGGGCUCGUUCGAUCUGAAAGAGCAGGACGGCAUUCCUUGCUAUUACAGGUGUAGCUUUGGUAUCGCCCAGCACGUGCCGGGUUGGAUAAAAGGCGAACAGCAUAUCGUGCUUGGCCGACGACAGUCUCAGCUCGUUGUUUCAGGACCCGAAGACCGUGUCUACUGGUUCCUGUUCGACAAGCUACCGGAGAUAAAGUAUGGCAAGGAUAUACCCAAUUAUACCAAGGAAGACGAGGCAGACUUUAUCAAGCAUAAUUUCAACGUACACAUUACUGAGAAAGUCACGCUUGGUCAAGUAUAUAGCAAGCGUCUCUCGUCAACUCUAACACCGCUGCACGAGUUCGUUUAUAAGAAAUGGUUCUUCGAUAGAAUCGUAAUACUGGGAGACUCUGUUCACAAGCCUAAUCCGAUCGGCGGUCAGGGCGCUAACGGUGCUAUCGAGUCCUGCGCGGAACUCAUCAACGCGUUGCUACGUAAGAGAGACGAUCGGGGUGGAACUCUCGACGGUCUAUCGAAUCGGGAAACCGAGCAGAUCUUCCAGGAGACCCAAAACUCCAGGCAGCAGCGGGCACAGAUGGUUGUCGAUCUAUCUCAUCAGCACCAAGCCCUUAACGCUCACGAAAAUUCGCUAUUGUCUUCGUUAAUCUUCAGUUGCCUAGUGCCUUUGACUGGCAAGGAGGGUCAGCUGAGUCGAAAUGUACAUGUUUAUACUGAUGCUGCGAUGGUGAAAGCGCUCCCUGUUCCCGAGCGAGCCCGAGCGAUUCCUUACCGCGACGAGCUGCCAGCGAUCCCUUUAAGCAAGAAUUCCUUCUUCGUUCGAGGUGCCUUGGUUGGCGCUAUGAGUCUUGCCUUACUCGUCACCACAAAGGCUUGGCGACUUCCGUUUACCGCGAUCGAGGACUGGGUAGCUAAUGCUCCUAUCGUGAUACGAUGGUUUGGCGAGAAUAACAUGUCAAAAGCGCUGAACAUGUACGUAUCGGUCCUGGCGAUACCGAUGCUAGAUAGAGACCCUUCCACCAGGUUACAUCUAGUAAACUUUCUUUCCCAGCUCAUAUCUCCGCUCCUCGUCUACUGCGUCGAAGGGUACCGUGUGGGGAAUCAAGUAACCCCUCUCGCCCUGCCGUCGGCGUAUUCGGUUGGAAUGCAGCUUCUAGGCAUCGGUCGCAUCAGCCCGGCGCACACCAUUCUAAGCAGCUUUUUCACACACGAACUACCAACCGGCCGCUCUAUACCCGUAAGCGUAGCCAAGUCUUUGAUUCCUGCUGUCACGCUCGGCUUUGUAAUUCCGACUAUCUUCGUCUUCGUACCCGUUCCUAGCAUGAAAGGUUGGCAGAAUCUGCUAGCAUUAUGGCAGUUCGCGCCGCCCUUGUUCAAUAUCUUAACCAACGUCUUCUCCGCAGGCCUCGAAAGGUGGCAACGCGGCAACAAGUCCGUAGCAGAAUACGAAGAGGAGCAUAAGUAUGACUGCUACGAGAAAAAGGACGUACCUAUUCUUAAAUCGGUCUAUACGUACGCUUUUACCGUGCAAGCUACAGCCCACAUCGCCACCCUCUCGUACGCCUGGAUGCAUCCGGGUAUCUCAAUCGCCAAGACUUUCUUUGGUCUUCCGAAUCCCUUUUCUUCUUCUUGGAACUUACCAGACGUCUUCGCAGAGGUAGCCACAUUUUUCAGGUACGAUAUGGCAGUCGCGGUUGCGUCCUUCUUAAGCGGCAAUCUGUACUCGAUCUGGGAUCUACGCCGCCUCGGAUAUAUCAAGACUACGGAGGCAAUCAAAGCUGGCCUGGCCGUAGUAGCUGGCCAAUUUCUCGUCGGCCCAGGUGCUACGUGGGCAGGUUUAUGGUAUUGGCGAGAGGAAAAGCUAGCUAACUUAGAUACCCAGAAGAAGGGAGAGAGCCAAAAAUAG